CUGAGCAUCAGAAUGGAAAAGAAAGUUUAUUUAAGAGACUUUGAGUGUGUCAUGGUUGUGGAUGGUCAUGCUGUGCAUGUCAGAUUCUGACCCGACAGCUCAAAUGUUGCAGCAGAUAUAGAAACUCAUCAGACCAGGCAGUGUUUUUUCAGUCUUUGAUUGCCCAGUUUUGGUGACCUGGUAAGAACUGCAACCUCAGUUUCCUGUUCUGUGCAGACAGGAGUGGCAUCUGUUGUGGUCUUCUGCUGCUGCAGCCCAUCUGCCUCAAGAUUGGAUAUUCCAUAUCUGAUGGUGAUCAGAUAUUUGUGUAAGUAAGGAGCUGAGCAGGUAUACCUAAUGAAGAGGUCGAUGCAGAAUUUAGCAAACCUGUGAGAACCUCCCGCCUUAUCGGAGGGAGAGACAACUCCUGUGAACAUGACACCAACACAAACGAGUCCACAGACACACAGGUGGGGGUUCAGUUUUUGUUCACACUGGGACAGGUGUGCACAGGAGCCACAAGGAUCAGCUGAAGAGAGGGGACACCAGGAAGGUGCUGCACACUCCUUCUGAGCAGGUCUUUGUCUCAUUGGCUGGUGUAUCCUGAAAAGUUCCAACCCAAUCUGGCCAUCAUGGAGGUUUUAUACAUCAACUCCUCCCUGCUCUUCGUCUCUCACAGGCCGUUUAACUACACCGGCAGAGAGAAGACUGUGUAUGAGCAAUGCAAAGACAUGCCUGCUGUGCUCAUUUGGUAUCUUGGCCUGCAGUUCAUCAACAUGUUCCUGGGUAUCCCAGCCAACCUCAUGGUCCUCUGGCUCAUCCACAAGAACAAAGGCGACUCCUCCACCUCAGACAUCUUCAUCCUCCACCUGGCGGUCCUGGACAUCCUCUUCUGUCUCAUCCCUCCCCUUGAGCUAGCAAACAUAGUCUUCCUCACCACCAGUAGCACCUGGUACGUCCUGCGCUUCUUCUACGGCAUUAAAGACUCUUCACCGCUCUUCCUGUCCUGCAUCUGCCUGGAUCGCUACAUGGCUGUGGUUCAUCCAAUCACUUUCACUGAGCUCAAGGACCGCAAACACAGAGCCAUCCUGGCCUUGGUGGUCUGGUUGAUCACUCUGGCCUACGCUGCGGCUAAAUGCGUGGGCAACAUAGUUAAUUUCGAGAAGGUCUUCACAGGGAUGAUCCUGGCAUCGUUCGCCUUCAUGGUGUUCUGUAACAUUGCGAUCCUUUGGGUGCUCCGCCAAUCGGGGCCAGGCAGAGAUGAGAUGCACCCAGUGAAGAAGAGAGCUUUCAAGAUGGUGCUCAUCAUCCUCGCUAUUAUUGUGUUCAACUACUUCCCGCCUGUGGCUCUUUUCCCCUUCCAGGACUACUUUUCUCCUGAUGUAUUUCGGUGCUACAUUCAUUACAUUGCAUUUGGUUUGAUGGACUUCAGCAGCACCAUCCAGCCAAUGCUCUACCUGUCUAAAGAGAAGCUGCCAUGGGGUGUCAACUGCUGUCAGAGCAAGCCCACCCCAAUCCAAUAGAGACACAUGAGACCUUUGUUUUUAUGUCUAUCAAAUGGUUCCAUAUGAAUGCAUUUUUGUUUUUAACAUAGCAGAACAUAUAAAGCUAUCCCUUAAUCCAAUGUCGAAAGCUAUUUUUUAAUGAGGUGGUUGUCUGAUUCUCAGUUGGGUGUCCUACAAACAUGGGUUGCAAAAGUACUGUAGACUGUUUAAAACAUAGAUGUAGCCUCAGUGACACCAACCAUUGGUUUCUGGAGAGGUGUUUUGAAGUAAAAUGACAAUAGAUGCCAUAUUGGGAAUA